UUAGCGUUUUGUUUUUUUUUGUUGUUUUUUGUUGUCUCUCUCAAGAGUCAAGGUUCUUGUUCUCCGUUUCUCGACCCUUUCUACGUCAAGCCGAUCAAAAGGGAUGAUUGGUUCACAAGUACAAGACGGUGCGUGUUCCUUGGACCAGCCAAAUAAGGAUGUGGUGGUUAUCGCGGAGACAAAACCAAAGAAGAGGAUAUGUUGUGCUUGCCCCGAUACAAAGAAGCUAAGAGAUGAGUGCAUUGUAGAACACGGCGAAUCCGCUUGCACGAAAUGGAUCGAAGCUCAUAUUUUGUGUCUUCGAUCCGAGGGUUUCAAAGUUUGAGAGAGUGUUUGAUUAAAAGAUUAGUUUCAGUAAUCGAAAGUAACAUAGAUUGUUGAUUGUUUUUUUUGUUGUUGAGAAUUUACACAACAGUCAUCAUCAUGUAAUAAACAGAGCAACCCAAAAAGGUCACAUUGGCCCAAAAAAAAACACCACACUCAAAUAUUUGUGAUUUUUUUUAAUAUAUCCCACUUCAUUCA